AUGACCAAUGAUGCUUUGACCAGUUCCAUAACCUCUGAUGGGAGUUUUACCAGGAAGUAUCAAACCUAUAAGUUCAAGAAAGGAAAAGGAAAAUUUUAUCCCUUUGUGUUCAAUGACAUCAUGGGUCUGGAGGACAGAGAUGGAAAAGGAGUCAGAACAGAUGACCUCAUACUGGCCUUGAAGGGACACAUGAAGGACGGUUAUCAGUUCAAUCCAUCAUCUUCCCUUUCUGAUGGUGAUUCUGGCUACAACUCAUCCCAGUCCAUCAAUGACAGAGUUCAUGUUCUGGUUUACGUUCAUUCUGCUAAUGCACCACAAAUCAAUCCCGAUGUUGUAAAGAAAAUGAAGGAAGUCAGAGAAGCAGCCAGUGAUCUGGGAAUCCCUCAGCUGGUGAUUCUCACCCACAUUGAUGAAGCCUGUGGGGAAACACAGCAAAAUGUGAACAACGUCUACAUGAGCAAACAUUUAAAGAAAAAGAUUGAUGACUUCAGCUACACUGUGGGGGUUCCACUGAACUGUAUUGUCCCAGUGAAGAACUACUGUGAUGAAAUUGAGAUAAAUCCAGAUGUCGACGCUCUGAUUCUGAAUGCGCUGAAACUGAUGAUUGACUUCGGAGACGACUACAUUGAGAAGAUUAACCGUCUGAUGAGUAAGUGGGUCUUUUUUGGCCCAGAUGAGAUCCAGGGAAAGACCCAGGACACACUGGAGGGACUAUAUUUCUUGACUGGCCUGGGAACACCUUGA